AUGGUUGUAUCUUUCACGGGGAAACUACUUGAUAUAUUACAUCACUGUCUUCCUUCAACUAUAACUGAACUAGAUCAUGCUCUAAGUGAUGGCGUAAGUAGGGGUGGAAGACAAGCAUUGGAGUGGAGAGCGUCAAUUGCUAAACAUUUCAUUGAAGAGUGGGAAUGGCAGUUGUCAAUUUUGCAGCGUCUUCUUUUGUUAUCUGAAUGCCAGUGGCUGUGGAAGGAGGCAUUAACUGUAUUACGUCCCGCACCAUCUAAGCUACUUAACCUUUGCAUGCAAAGAGCAAAGUAUGACAUUGGGGAAGGAGUGCAUCGAUUUUCGUUGUCUGCAGAAGAUAAAGGCCAAAAGGAAGAUCUGGAAUUACCAUUAUUUGACUUGGCCGCUGUUGUUUGUGCAACCAAUAACUUUUUAAACUUGGAGAAGGGGACUAUGGAUACAGUUGGAACUCUAAAGAAGUUAUCAUGCACUCGUACUUCGGAGACAUCCCGCCCAAGGCUCAAGCCCAGCUUGUCCAUUGAUAUCACCAUCCUCACCUAG